CAGCUUCUCACAGCGACGCUGCGCUCGAUAAUUGAUAGUGGUGUUCUACGAUCCGAAAGUGCCCCCCGAAGCCUUGACGCGGCUUCCGGAGGAACCUUCUGGCCUAAGGAAACUGGCGCGCCCUGCGCGUCAAUUAAGCGUCGGCAGGUUUCCAUCCUUGGUCGUUCUAUCGUCACCCUUCUCUCCCCCGACCCCCUUUAAGCGAUCGAUUUUCGCUUUCGCGUCGGCCGAUACCUCUCGAUUUCUGGGUAUUUGUUUAUAAACAGCGGCCCGUUGAAGAUCUUUUUCCCGCAGUUCGUGGCGUGUCUCGACUGAUCCUUUCUUCUGGGUCUCUGCGGUGAUCCGGGUUCUCGGCCAUGUCGAUAAUGGAUUCUUUCUUCGCGAAGGGCUUCAAAGCCGCGAAAUGUAAAACCCUUUUGAAAUUGACCAUUCCUCGGAUAAAGUUGCUGAGGAACAGGAGGGAGAUUCAGUUGAAGCAGAUGCGCCGUGACAUCGCGAAGCUGCUCGAAACCGGUCAAGAAGCUACAGCUCGUAUUCGGGUGGAGCAUAUCAUAAGAGAAGAGAAAAUGAUGGCAGCUCAAGAGGUCUUAGAGCUCUUCUGUGAACUCAUUUCUGUUCGCCUUCCAGUCAUUGAGGCACAGAGGGAAUGUCCUAUUGACCUAAAAGAAGCAAUAUCCAGUGUGUGCUUUGCUGCCCCUAGAUGUGCCGAUCUACCCGAGCUGAUACAGGUUCAGAUGUUAUUUGCGUCAAAGUAUGGGAAAGAAUUUGUAGCAGCUGCUAGUGAACUCAUGCCAGAUUGUGGCGUUAAUCGACAGUUAAUUGAGCUACUAUCAGUUCGCGCCCCUUCCCCUGAAGCCAAACUCAAGCUUCUUAAAGAAAUUGCUGAAGAGCAUGAGUUAGAAUGGGAUCCUGCUGCCUCAGAAUCUGAGCUUUUCAAAUCCCAUGAAGAUUUGCUGAAUGGAUCUACGCAGUUUGGAAGUGGAUCUAAAUUACCCCUGCCUAAAGAGAAGCAUGAUGAUUCGCUGUAUUCAAGACCAGAUCAUGCCCUUGAUGAACAGCCUGAUUCUGAUACAGGCUUUGAGUCAUUGGAUUUUCCUGAGGUUCCCCAGAUUUCAGUACGGCCAAAUUCAAGUGCAGUCUCUGCACCAGAGAUUAUUCCACCUAAUCCAGUUGCUGCAAGCCCUGCCGACCACAAAGUUGGUGAUGAAAUUUCACAGCUCUCUGGAACUGUGGAAACUUUGUCCCUUCACAAGCAUGUGGAUCCCAAGGAAGUAGUGGAAGAGCAUCUUAUAGACCACAAAGAUGAAACUGCUAAAAGUUCUGUUGAUGUCAAGGAAGAUAAACAGUUCCUGCCAUUUAUAGCUCCCCCAUCACUUUCAUCUGUGUCGUUCUCUGUGAGAGAAUCAUUCCCUGCAAGAGAAAGUGCUCCUCCAUCCUCUCUUCGAAGGACAAAGAGCAACGCACAGGAUGUGGAUUCACAAGAUGUGUUUGCAGCUGCUCAAUCCUCUCUUCCAAGGACAAAGAACAACACACAGGAUGUGGAUUUACAAGACGUGCUUGCAGCUGCUCAAGCUGCUGCUGAAAGUGCUGAGCGUGCCGCAUCUGCCGCCCGUUCUGCAGCUAGUCUCGCACAAGUCAGAAUCACCGAGCUUACCAGGAAAAAAUCAGCAGUCCUGGAUGAUUCUGAUAACCCAUUUUAUGCAGCCACACCUGAGUCUACUAAUGCUCCAACUCCUGAACUUGAACAUAAAAGAUCUUUGGAGAAUUCUGAUCAGAGGUUUGAUUCAAUGGACGAUCAAGUGUUUCAUAAAGACCUGAAGGAGUCCGGUGUGUCAAAUCAGCCACCGCCUGAGGAGGUUAAGUUUGAUUCUGAGGCAUCAGAGUCCAGUCACAAAGUUCACGAUUAUAACUCUGAAUAUCACCAGCCUGAGAGAUCCACCUCAAUGGACGAACCAUAUUUUUCAUACCCAAACUUGUUCUCUUCGCAGAGCAUCAAUGUCGGAUCUGGUUCCCAGUCAUCAGAUAAUUCCCGGCCCCACUAUGAUCCAUGAGUGAAUUUGUCUCUUAAAGGUUUGAUGAGACAUAACAAUAUGCUACUGUGUUGAGUUUGCUCGUUGUUGCAUAUUCUUUCUCAUUUUAGCUUUCAUCGGUCUUUUGUAUAGGGAGGUAUUUGAGGAUUGUCUGAAUUUGUUGCUGUAUAAUGAUAGUCGAUCCUUUAAACUCAUCCAUGCAGACUGCCAAACAGAGUGUAUCGUUCGAUUUCGGAUCCACAUGGAUAGAUUAAUGUAUUAUAACUAUGUUACUGCUUUACUGGACAUAGAAUCGCGGUUCUUCUA